AUGGGCUCUCGUGAUGACGAGUACGACUACUUGUUUAAAGUUGUGCUGAUUGGCGACUCCGGAGUAGGGAAAUCCAACCUUCUGUCGCGAUUCACUCGUAAUGAAUUCAAUCUCGAAUCAAAGUCUACAAUAGGUGUAGAAUUCGCUACUCGUAGUAUUCAGGUUGAAGGGAAAACCGUGAAAGCUCAGAUCUGGGACACAGCCGGUCAAGAACGAUACAGGGCCAUAACGUCCGCAUACUACCGUGGAGCCGUGGGAGCACUGCUUGUUUAUGAUAUUGCUAAACAUGUAACGUACGAGAAUGUUGAACGUUGGCUGAAGGAACUUCGUGAUCACGCGGAUCAGAACAUCGUGAUAAUGCUGGUUGGAAACAAGAGUGAUCUGCGUCAUCUUAGAGCUGUUCCUACAGAUGAGGCGAAAAUCUACGCAGAGAAGAAUCAACUGUCGUUUAUUGAAACAUCUGCCCUUGACAGCACCAACGUUGAAGCAGCGUUCACGAACAUCUUGACGGAGAUCUACAAAAGUGUGUCAAAUAAACAUGUCGGUUCGGAUCGUAUGGUCGUCUCGUUGCCGUCAUCUGGAGUCGACAUCACAUCGUCGACGAAUGAGAAUCAAAGGAAGCUUUGCUGUUCAUUGUGA